CAUCUGCUAAGGAAGUGUUGAAACUGAAUGAAGUAAGAAGUGAAGAUAAAUCGUACGAGAAGCUGACGACUGACGAAUUUUGGACAAGAGAGCCAGAGGAUGUAAUGGGCAAGUCACAUAUACACCAUGCAAGCACUAGCUUCAAUCAAGAAUGGAAGCUUACGUGAAAGAGAAGUAACACAUGAGAAACCUAUAGAUAAACUCAUGUUCAAAAAAAGUAGCGUGCGUGAGAAAGAAGUACUCCUAGGGGAAACCGAAGAAAUUAUAGAUGAGAAUCGUGAUCACAUACUCGCCCUAGGAGUACUAACGGCUGAACAAGGCUUGAAGAGCGUGGCUGUCAAUCGCACACAGGCCAAGCAAGAUUCAACCCAAUAUCAGGCCAAAACAAUACGAGGAUAUAAGAAGAUCAGGCGAAACCAAGACGAGGAUAUAACCGAGCAUGUAGGUUGAGUCCUAGAUAUUCUCCAGCCGCUGUGCCAAAGUUUGGUGAGUGGAGAAGCAAAUCUGCGCCAAGCCACAGAUUUACAAGUACACUAUGGAGAGAACCACUGCGAAAUGAACAUUUCAAGGUGACAGCGAUUUAUUCAAGUAGAGCAGAGAGCAGUGAGAAGGGAAGAGGAACAGUUGCUAAUGAAUUUAGCAAGGUGAAGAGGUUUGAUUUGAGAGGAGUAAAGAGCACCGGGAAGUGAAUAAACUUUGCAAGUCAAUUUUGACACAAACAUUGUAAAGUUUACUAUUUUCUGGUGAUUCUCGCUUCUUCUCUGU